CGGCGGGGCUGUCACUGAGGGCUCGCCCCGCGCUCCGCGGCGGAGGGGAAGCCGCGGCGGCCGCGGCUGCAGCGGCAGAGGCAGAAAUGGACUCGCAGUGCGACUGUGUGGAGCCCCCGGCCGCCGAGCAGCCGUCGGGGAGGAUUAACAAAACCGCUUUCAAGCUUUUCAGGAGGAGGAAGUCCGGGGGAACCAUGCCGAGCAUCUUCGGGGUGCGGAGCAGAGGAGGGGAGGGUAAGGGCGCCGGCAAGCCGGGGAUGGUGCGGAGCCGGACGCACGACGGCUUGGCCGACGCCGUGCUGGAGAGCAGCAAGAAGGAGGAACCGGGCGGCGGCGAGGCGCCGAGCCGCGAGGCGCAGGAGCGGCCGGCCGGCAGCCCCGGCGGCCCCGUGGCCAAGUCGCACAGCUUCUUCUCGCUGCUGAGGAAGAACGGCAGGCAGGCGGAGGGCGCGGAGCCGCGGGCCGGCGGCAGACAAAAGAAGGGGCUGAAGGGGAUCUUCAGCAGCAUGCGGUGGCACAAAAAGGACAAAAUCGGCAAGGAGGAGAGGGGGGAAAGCUCGGACAUCCCGUCCGGCCUUAUCAUGCCGGGCUCCCUGACCGCCAGCCUGGAGUGCAUCAAGGAGGAGACGCCGAAACCUUUGUCUGAGAGCCCGAGCGGCGCGGCAGACGCCGGGCCGGAGCCGCCGCGGGAGAAGCGCAGCGGCGAGGCGCCCGCCGCGGCCCAGGAGCCCCAGGCGGGCGGCGCGGAGCCGCGGGCCAGCAGCCCCCCGCGCCGGGAGGAGCCGCCCGCCGCCGCCGUGCGGCCACCCGAGGAGCUCAGCGGCGAGCGACCCGAGCCGGCCGCCGGAGAGGUUGGGACUGCGAAGGAUGCGGCGAUAACAGGCUGCGGAGAUAUUAUUGCGGACCAUGAGGAGGAUGUGGGCGGCGGGAGUGGCGUCUGCGAGAAGAGCACCCCCGGGCCCAGCAAGCUGGGGGCCACCAAGAAGCACCCCACCAUGGUGGCCUACCAGGGAGGAGGGGAGGAGAUGGCCAGCCCCGACCAGGUGGAUGACACCUGCCUGCAGGAGUUCUGGGAUAUGCUGUCACAGACGGACGAGACUAAGACGCAAGGAGGAGGAAGCGGAGGAGGGACAAAGAAGCCCGAGGGGUUGAAGGAAAGCCGAGGUACCGAGGGGGCCCAGAAUAGGGUGGUGGUGAAACGCGGUGGCCUCCACCAGAUUGCCAUUCACCUGAACCACAAAGAGGAGCAGAAGAGCAGGGAAAAGGAGCAGCACGAGGGUGUCCCAAACAGCGAUGAGGGCUACUGGGAUUCCACCACGCCUGGUCCCGAGGAAGAUAGUUCCACAAGCAUCCAGAAGGAAACCCUUCCCAGGGAUAGCUACAGUGGGGAUGCUCUAUAUGACCUGUAUGCCGAGCCGGAUGAGAACCCACCAGCAGGGCCCACACACGAGGAAGUCCCCAGUGUGCCACGCUCCAAGCCCGUGUCUCCCAUAACGACCGUGAGCUCGCUGAAAACACCCUCCAGCGCCGCCAAGGACUCCAAGAUACCCAUCAGCAUUAAACACCUUUCCUCGUCACAGUCACAUCCUGCCAGCCACGGAGCAGACGCCAGUAACAGCCAUCACGUCGCACACCAUCACCUGGCCAAAAGCGAGAUGCACAGAACAAAAAUCCCCGUCUCCAAAGUCCUGGUACGCCGAGUCAGUAACAGGGGCGCAGCCGGGUCAGUAACGGGGACAACAGUGAAAACUGCCACGUACCAGGACAGUGCCAAAAAGUAGUUGGGUAAGAAGUGGAGGCAAAGGCAGAGAACGAAGUCCAUGUGGGAAAGUCUGCUUAGGAGACCACAGAUAAUGAAUUAGUUUUGCAUCACCUGAAGAAAGUCACCUAAAAGGCUUCCUUCACUGUACUCUGUGGGCCUGCACUUCUGAGUCUCUUCUUACUAGACUGUGUGGCUGAAUACAAAAAGUCAACUUCUUUUUGAGCACUUUUUUUACAUUUGUAUCUUUUUUCUGCAACUAAACACUGGGGAGGUUCAUUUUUACAUGCCUUUCUGGAAGCAGGACUUGGAUUAUGACCAUCCUUCCUCGUGCAAAGCAGUGUCAUGAGUUCUUCAAGGGAACAGAGCUACAAAAGGAGCGACAUGAGAGGUUCCCCUCCUAUACAUUUAUCUUCUAAUCGUUUCUCGGGGAGGAGCAGAGGCUGGGUGCCUGGCUGGCUCUGGAAAUGAUGUUUGCUCCACAAGAUGUUGGAAAAAAUGCCAAGCAGAAAACAACCCACCUAACAGGUAUUUUGCCUGCUGUAAGAACGAGAACACUGCUCAGCAGCAGACUUGAUUGACUUGUGUGCAGGAGAUAAAACUGAGUUAGGUGGACUCGUCUAACAGGAAAACAGAUUUUCGUUUGUCUGUCUGUCUGGUUGGUUUUGAUCUGGUCUAAUGUAAAUGGGUAACAGAGACACCUGAUGUAGGUUCAGAUGUUUACAUCAAUACUUGUCCGAUAAUGCAUACAAUCAGGUUCAGGGAAACAUUUUACUAAAUGCCAAUAUAUACACACUGUCCACAUUUAUACAAUAACUUGCUUGCCAUGUGUAAAUAUAUACGUGUUUUAGCAGAUUUUUUAUUAAAAAAAUCACCUGUCCUUAUUAUCUAGAGUUUAAGCAAGAGUUAGUUUUUAUAGGUAGAUAAUUUUACAGUUCUAAAAGCAUAGGACUUUGUGUAAGUACCUUAAAUUAGAGAGAACUCUGGUUUGUAUGGGCUCAUGCAUCCCCAGAUAAAUAAGUCUGAAGUGCUGAUUUUAUUACAGUGGCACAUUCCAUGGCUCAGAGCAGAUGUUCUGACAGCACUGCCACUGCAAACCUCUAUUUUCAGGGGUUUAGACAAAAGUUGCUCUGGGCUUAAACCUUACCGAGAAGGAACCCAGCAAAGAAACUUGUUUUUUAAGUAUUAUUUUUUAAAAUAUAUAAAAUUAGUUUUUGACUAUUUAAAAAAAAAGUUUGGGUUCUCAUUGCUUUUUAUUUUCAUUCUCAAUAAUGUCAGAAUAAUUUUAUGUUAAGAGAGAAAAAAAUAUGGUAAGCUAGUGGUACAUUAUUAAAUGGUCUGAUGAGCUUGGAUCUUAGGAAAAAUGUAUUAAUGGCCAUGACAUUUUUGAGUAGUGGCUACUGUACAUGGGCAUUGGCAACAUUUCAAAGAAAUAUAAUAGGGUUUUAAUGUGCCUGAGGACAUAUUUUUAUGAUACACUGAAAAAGCUCUAAAAAUCACUGAAGUCUAAAGGUAAAUGUUAUGUAUUUACAAAAUAUUUUGAUAUAAGUAUUUAAUCAUCAGACCACAGUUAAAUAUAAAAUAUAUGCUCCAGCGUAUCUAAAAAAUAAUAUACAUUUUAAAAAUAUACAUUUCUAUAUUAUGCAGAGAAUCCUAAAUUCACAUCAUUGAAACUAAUGGGUCUGAUCUUACAUAGCAGUUGGUUUUAUUGUCUCUUAAAUCAAAAGGAAAAAAAAAGAGGAAAAUAAAUAUACAGAAUUUACAUUUGAAGGAUAUUAAGGUUGUAGGCAAACCAUAAAAAGCCAGGAAAUACCAUAAUAAGAAUUGUAUAUAUGUAUAUGCAUGAUUUGUGGCUCACUGGGGAAAUGACCUUAGAGUCAUGAAGGUGAAAUUGGCAUCCAGUUUUGAAAUUGCUGCAGAAUUUAAUACCGACUUGCAGCAUCCCAGUGAAAGUGUUAGCUUCCCUGACCAGCCCCUGUUUUCAUGGUUUAAGAACCUUAAUACACUUCAAAGAGGAUUAUUUUAUGUUUUCUUCCUGACAUGUAGGUGUGUGGUUCCCUGUGUGCCCACUCCCACAGACGUGUUGUACAUAUGCAUGUGCAGCGAGGGCACAGCCCUGGGCAGGGUCCCUGUGCACACUCACA